CGACGGCCUGGGGAGUCCGGGCCCCACCCCGCGGCCGGCCGGGCCGCAGCCUCCAGCAGGGGGCGGCGGCGCUGCGCAGGAGCCGCUCCCCCCGGCCCGCCCCGCUCCGCUCCGCUCCGCUCCGCUCCCCGCCCGGCCGCAGACAAAGGCCGGCCUCCCGCCAGUCCCGCCGGCUGCCAGCUCCGCGCCGGGCCCGCGCGCGGCAUGGGCGGCUCCGGGGGCCCCGCGGAGCCAUGAGGCGCGGGCUGCGGGCGCAGCGGCGAGCAGCAUGGCCGGGGCCGGGGCCAGGGCUGGCCGGCGCGGCAUCCCCAAACGCAAGCCCAACUUCACGCUGCAGGAGAUCGACAUCCUGAUGAGCGAGGUGCUGCGCUACGAGCAGCUGCUCUUCGGGGCCAGCUCCACCAACGUGAACGCCUACGAGAAGCAGAAGAUCUGGUGGCGCAUCACCAACAAGAUCAACGCGGCGGGCCGCAACCAGCGCGACAUCGGCGAGGUGAAAAACCGCUGGCGCGGCCUGCGCCGCCGGGCCAACGACAAGAUCACCCGGCACCGCCAGGAGCGCCAGGCACCGCCCGACGCCCGCGGCUACUCUGUGCCCCGCAGCGCCGAGCCCCGCGAGCCCGAGCUCGGCCCGCAAUGGGGCCUGCACGGCGUGUGCCCGCUGGACGCGCCGCCCGGCUCCGGCGAGGUGCCCGCGCAGCAGGGGGCAGGUGUGAAGGAGGAGCCAGUAAAGGAGGAGCCAGUGGACGUGAAGCCAGAACCAUUCCAUACGCCUUCCACUGAGGUCAUCCAUCAGCAAGUGACGCGGGGAGGAGAGAGGCGGCUCCUCAGGAGUGCUGGCCAUGUGCCGGACGAUCCAUGUGAAGGCUGGAGCCAGAGCCCGCAGAAUCCCUCGCAAAAUGAACUCGCCAUCAGCGAGCUGGGAGGGCAGCAGGAGCCCCUGGGCACAGAUUUCACGAGUAUUAUCUUUGACCAAGAGGCAGAGCACCUGAAUGAUUGUAACGCAAGUGAGAGCGUGACCCCUGUAUCUGUGGCGCUGCAGGAGGGGGGGCUGGAGAAUGGCCAUCUUAGCCCCGUGGAGAAGCGGAUUCUCCAAUCCAAUGAGCAGCUGGUGCAGGAGAUGCGAGCCUUCCGCAGGGAGUACACGGAAAGCCGCAGGGAAACUGCCUCCAUCCUGCGCAUCAUCGCCAAGGCCCUCAGCAGUGUGAGCAGCAGCCUCUGCAUUGUCAGCUCCUGUCAUCUUUAGCUGAUUAGCGGGCUUCCUCCCACCUCCCAGCGAAGUGCGGAAGUGAUAGAGAAGAACCCAACACCUUCAGUUUCUUCAGUCCCUGUUGGACGCUCUUGCUCACUCACCAGCUUAUAAGAUCUUUGGGGGACCCUAUCAGACACUCCACUAAAUGCAGCUAUUUCUGUACUUGCUGCAUUACAAUCUGAGAUCUUCCCCAACAGUCUGUACUCCUCCUGCUCCUGUUCUGAACAUGGGUCAGUUGGCAAAAAUGUUCCCCUGUGGGACCCUACCAUUGAGCACCCCAAUAAGAGCCUUCCCUUUCAGAGGGGCUGGGAACCAGCAACUGCCAUCUGCUUCAACGGAGACUGAGAGGUGUUGCAUGUUCAAUCAUACCACAUAAUUAGGAGUGAAAAUGUUGAUCUACAUCCUUGGUGGCUUAUGUCUUUUUCUUAGGUAAGGCUGAAAUUUAGACUUACUGGAUUGCAUUUCUUCCCAUUUUGAAACAUGCUACUAAAUUUUCUUGUUCCAGUCUCCUGA